AUGGAUUUGUCUAAACUUUCACUUGUUCUUAUUUGCCUUGUGGGCUUAGCCAUGGUUCACCCCUCUCUUGCCCAAAACUCACCACAAGACUACCUCAAUGCUCACAAUGUGGCUCGAGCACAAGUUGGCGUCCCAAACAUCACAUGGGACAGCACGGUUGCAGCCUAUGCUCAAAACUACUCAAACUCAAGGAUUGGGGACUGCAAUCUUGUGCAUUCAGACGGAGCUUAUGGGGAGAACCUUGCCAAAGGCAGCGGUUCGUUUACAGGGACAGCUGCCGUGAACUUAUGGGUGGCGGAAAGGCCUUGUUAUAACUACAGCUCUAAUUCUUGUGUUGGGGGACAAUGCUUGCAUUAUACUCAAGUCGUGUGGCGCAACUCCGUUCGUCUUGGGUGCGCAAGGGUUCAAUGCACUAAUGGUUGGUGGUUUGUCACCUGCAACUAUGAUCCCCCGGGCAAUUAUGUUGGCCAACGUCCUUAUUAGUGCAGCUUUAAAUCGAAUAGAGAUUCUCAACAAUUUUGCUGCCAAGAUUGCUAGUAACAAAUGUGAGAGAGAUGUUAUGGGGCCACCUACCCGAGUAGGUCUCGAACAACCUGCCCUUAUGCUUGGGCAAGUAGACCUUAUAAAAACUCUCUCACAUUUACUGCAACAAUCUAGACAACAAAUUGCUGAAUAAUCUGAAUCCCUUUAAAAU